UACUUUAGCAGCAUAUCUAUCAAGAGAUUUAACACAUAUCUAAUGAUCAACAGACUCAACUGCAAGCCACGAUAGCUUUUUGAACACAAACAAUAAGCUUGCAAUCCAGAAUUUCAACUCAAAGUUGCAAGAAUUUUCAGAAGGCAACACAGAGAAGUUAAAGCUAGCUUUCGCAGUUUGGACACCACACAGUUUUUUCAUGCUAUGUCACCUUAGAUUCAAGUACCCCAGCAUGCAAAAGGCAACAGGAACUGAUAUACCAGAAUCCAGUUCUUAUGAUGAGAAAAUUUUCAGGCUGAUGAAAUACCAAGUCAAGCAGAAAUGGGGAUCUCAGAGGAUGAAAAGCAGCCCCAGAGAGGUGAAAAAUUUGAGGUUGUAGAAGAGACAGGAAGUGAGAUAGAAGAAGUCACCGAAGAGACAAAGGAAAGGGUAAUACAGGAUAACAAAAACCAUGACACAGUAGAUGUUAUCGGAACCAGUUCACAGAAGGCAACGACUGAAGAGGCAAACCUCAAUGUUGAAGGAUACAGGACUUUGAAGGAUGAGAGCACCCUUGACCAAAAUGUUGAAGUAACCUCAAAUCCACAAGCUUCCUUUAAAGAAAUCCCACAAAGUAUUGAAAAAGAGAUGAAGGGUGCACAGAAAGAUGAGGCAGGAGAGACACAGGUGGACAAAAGUGGUUAUGAAGAAUUAAGUGAACAAGUUAUCAGCACAUUUGAGGCAACCGUGGGUCAAAAUGAUAAAGCUUCAGUUCAUAACCCUGAUUUGACAGUUGAAAGCUUAAACACGAAUGUUGAAACAGUGACUGAUCCAUGUACCAAAGCCGAAACCAUAGUCAAAUCCUCUACCACUAACACCAUACUCUUUCAAGAAGAACUUGGAGAAACAAAUUUGAAAGGCGUAGAGAACAAAGAAGCUGAGAAUUACUCUGAUUUGGUGGCCGAGGAAAAGGGUCCUGAAGCAAUUAGGCCAAGUGAAGAGAUAGGAAAUAAGAAGGAUGAAAAAGAUAAUGUCAUGUGUGAUAGCAUUGAAGAUGCCUCCUUUUCAACUGUAGCAGAAAGACCAGACACUCAGAAUGAUGAAGAAGCAGCCUUGGAUAUUGGAGAUGGUGCUGAGGACAAGCUUGAAGGGUCAUCUCUCACCCUAGAAAAAUACACAGCAAGCCAACAAGAAGAUGGACCCAAAGUAGAAGAGAAGACUAAAGAGGCCUCCAGUGCUGAAUGCGAAGAGAAAAACCAAGAAACAACUGAAUUAAACAAGCAAGAGAAAUAUGCGACUCCAGUUGAAGAUGAAAUGCAAAAGAAUAACAGCUCAGAUACACCCUUCGUCAAAGAAGAGAUGCACUUGCAGGAAGUAGACAAUUCUGAUAUAUUCAAACUAGACCCUAAAAUUGGGGUGGAAAAUAUUGUCAUGGAUAGUACAAAAGAAGUUAUAAACCAAGCUGAAAGCUAUGAGAAAAUUGUACAAGCUGAUGGCUCUGCAAGUGAAAGGGGCAAAGAUUUUGAAAAUUAUGGCAAAAAGCCCAAUGCUUUCUCCAUGGCAUGCAAGGAAGGUAUACAGAGCAAAGGUGAGGACCUGGAUAGAGCAGAGGCUUCAGCAGGGGAGAAGAGAGAUAACGAAGGAUUUACUGCUGCAGUGACUGAAGAUAACAUCAGCAAAACAGAACCCAUCGAAGCCAUUGAGCACAGCAAACUGGCAUCGACAGAACACGGGGGAAGCCCUGAGCUUAGCUUAUUGCAGCAAAAUGAACCUGAAAAGGAGAAGCCUGGAAGACCAUUGAAAGUGAUUUCUGAGGAGAUUGAAACAGCAGUUUCAAGAGAAAAUGUUGAAUUUGAAAAUCCAGAAGAUAGCUCCAAGGAGAAAAGGAAGGAUGACAAACCAACUGCUACUUAUGAUAUCAGCGGACAUGAAAUUCCUGGGCAAAAGAAUCUCCCGCUGAUUGAUUCAAAUGAGAAGACUGAAAGUGCAGAAGAUGAAAUUCCAAACAAUAAUGCCAAUGAUUUACAUGUUAGACAUUCAUUGGUUGAAGAAACAGGACAAGUGGAAGGCAAAAGAACUGAUGAACAAAUUCACAAAUCAGAUGGAAUCUCUGUACAUGAGAAAAAGCAACUUGCAAAUGCAUCUGAAGCAUACAAAAGCACAGAAAGCACAAUAUCAGAUCAUACAAGUACAGAAGGGACAGUAAGAAAGGAAAUGAUUUCAAAAACAAGUGAAAAUAUCAAGGAACUUGAAACAGUUCACAGACUGGACUCUGAAGAAAAGAUAGAGGUCAAAGUGGCUGAGCUGAACAUACCAGAGGUGACAAAUAACGAAGAAGCUAUUGAUACAGAGAUACAUCGAACCACAACAAAAAGUAAUGAUACUGAAGAAGGUUUACUUGAAGAUGACACAACUAAUGUCUACAGCACUGUACGCACUGGAGAUGAGGCUGCUAAGAUUCGGGUGGAAAGUCUUAAGGAAGCAGCAUCAAAAUUCAGUGGUGAAGAUGAGAAGAAUAAUGUUAUAGAGGAAGAGGCGUAUGAUGGACAUACGAUAAGAGGCAGUGGGGAUGUUGAUAAAGAAAAGAUUGAAGAAGCCAAUGCUACAAUUGUCACACCAAAAUUAAUUGAAAAAGAAACAACAGAAAACUAUCAUGACGAUGAAAAGGAAACAAAAAUGUCAAGGGAAGAGUAUGAUAGUUUAGAGAUAAUAAAAGAAGGCAAUGCCAAUGACCUCUCACUAAAGUCCAUUGGAGAAGGUCCGGUACAGAUCUUCGAAGAUAAUAACAAGGAAGCAAAGAAGUCUACUGAAGAGAUUUUUGAGGAGCUGCAGACUGCCAAAACAGGUGAGAGCCUUGCACAUGAGAAAAUUCCCGAUGUUGAAAGCCCAGGAAAAAUUCCUGAUGCUUCACUGGUGAAACAAGAGGAAGGUCUUUGGCAAGAAGCCGAGCACCUGGCUUCAGCAAAGGAUGGAGACGAGGACACAUUUUCUGUUCAAGGGGCUGAGGACAACAAUGACAAUAAUAGGCUAACUGAGGCUACAAAAAAUAGUGCAAAGGAAACACAACAAGGUGAGGAAGAUUCAGAGCAGGGACUGCAGAUAAAUGAAUCGGGGGAGAGCAUUGUAGUUGAAAGCCCAGAAAAUAUUCUCCAUACUUCAUUGGUGAAACAAAAGGAAUGUCUGAAAGGAGAAGGUGAGGACCUGGAUUCAACUGAAGCUUCAGAAAGCAGAGAUGAGAAGACAUCUUUCAUCAAAGUGGCUGAAGACAACGGAAAAAAUAACAGGUCAGCUGAAACCACAGAAAGCAGUGUAAAGGUAAUACCUGAAGUUGAAGAAGAUUCAGAUCACAUUUUACAGAACAAUGAACCAGGAGAGACAAAUCAUGAAGUUGAAAGCCCUGGAGAAAUUCUUGAUACUGUGAAACCAGUGGAAGAUUUGCAGGGAGACAUUGACAACCAGGCUCCAGCAGAAGCUUCAAAAGAGAAAAGAGAUGUGGACACAUCUUCUGUCGAAGCGCCUGAGGACAACACUGACAACAACAGGCUAGCUGAGGCUACAGAAAACAGUGCAAUGGCAACACCAGAAGGUGAAGAAAUUUCAGAACACACUUUACAGAAAGAUGAACCAGGAGAGAGCAUUGCACGUGAGACAAAUCAUGGAGCUGAAAGCCCUGAAAACUAUCCUGAUCAUCCAUUGGUGAAACAAGAGGAAGGCCUCCAGGGAGAAUGUAAGAAGCCAGCUCCAACAGAAGCUGCAAUAGAGAAAAGAGAUGAGGACACAUCUUGCGUUGAAGUGGCUGGGGACAAUGAUAAUAUUGAUGGAGUAGCUGAGACUAUAGAAAACAAUAUAAAGGUAACACCCGAAGGUGGAGAAGAUUCAGAGAAGGUACUGCAGAUAGAUGAACCAGGACAGAACAUUGUAGGUGUGACAAAUCACAAUGUUGUCUACAGCACUGUACGCACUGGAAAUGAGGCUGCUAAGAUUCGGGUGGAAAGUCUUGAGGAAGCAGCAUCAAAAUUCAGUGGUGAAGAUGAGACGAAUAAUGUUAUAGAGGAAGAGGCAUAUGAUGGACAUACGAUAAGAGGCAGUGGGGAUGUUGAUAAAGAAAAGAUUGAAGAAGCCAAUGCUACAUUUGUCACACCAAAAUUAAUUGAAAAGGAAACAACAGAAAACUAUCAUGACGAUGAAAAGGAAACGAAAAUGUCAAGGGAAGAGGAUGAUAGUUUAGAGAUCAUAAAAGAAGGCAAUGUCAAUGACCUCUCACUAAAGUCCAUUGGAGAAGGUCCGAUACAGAUCUUCGAAGAUAAUAACAAGGAAGCAAAGAAGUCUACUGAAGAGAGUUUUGAGGAGCUGCAGACUGCCAAAACAGGUGAGAGCCUUGCACAUGAGAAAAUUCCCGAUGUUGAAAGCCCAGGAAAAAUUCCUGAUGCUUCACUAGUGAAACAAGAGGAAGGUCUUUGGCAAGAAGCCGAGCACCUGGCUUCAGCAGAAGCUUCAGCAAAGGAUGGAGACGAGGAAACAUUUUCUGUCCAAGGGGCUGAGGACAACAAUGACAAUAAUAGGCUAACUGAGGCUACAGAAAAUAGUGCAAAGGAAACACAACAAGGUGAGGAAGAUUCAGAGCAGGGACUGCAGAUAAAUGAAUCGGGGGAGAGCAUUGUAGUUGAAAGCCCAGAAAAUAUUCUCCAUACUUCAUUGGUGAAACAAAAGGAAUGUCUGAAAGGAGAAGGUGAGGACCUGGAUUCAACUGAAGCUUCAGAAAGCAGAGAUGAGGAGACAUUUCUCAUCAAAGAGGCUGAAGACAACAGCAAAAAUAACAGGUCAGCUGAAACCACAGAAAGCAGUGUAAAGGUAAUACCUGAAGUUGAAGAAGAUUCAGAUCACGUUUUACAGAACAAUGAACCAAGAGAGACAAAUCAUGAAGUUGAAAGCCCUGGAGAAAUUCUUGAUACUGUGAAACCAGUGGAAGGUUUGCAGGGAGACAUUGACAACCAGGCUCCAGCAGAAGCUUCAACAGAGAAAAGAGAUGUGGAUACAUCUUCUGUUGAAGCGCCUGAGGACAACACUGACAAUAACAGGCUAGCUGAGGCUACAGAAAACAGUGCAAAGGCAACACCAGAAGGUGAAGAAAUUUCAGAACACGCUUUACAGAAAGAUGAACCAGGAGAGAGCAUUGCACGUGAGACAAAUCAUGGAGCUGAAAGCCCUGAAAACUGUCCUGAUCAUCCAUUGGUGAAACAAGAGCAAGGCCUCCAGGGAGAAUGUAAGAAGCCAGCUCCAACAGAAGCUGCAAUAGAGAAAAGAGAUGAGGACACAUCUUGCGUUGAAGUGGCUGGGGACAAUGAUAAUAUUGAUGGAGUAGCUGAGACUACAGAAAACAAUAUAAAGGUAACACCCGAAGGUGGAGAAGAUUCAGAGAAGGUACUGCAGAUAGACGAACCAGGACAGAACAUUGUAGGUGUGACAAAUCACAAUGUUGUCUACAGCACUGUACGCACUGGAGAUGAGGGUCUUGAGGAAGCAGCAUCAAAAUUCAGUGGUGAAGAUGAGAAGAAUAAUGUUAUAGAGGAAGAGGCGUAUGAUGGACAUACGAUAAGAGGCAGUGGGGAUAUUGAUAAAGAAAAGAUUGAAGAAGCCAAUGCUACAUUUGUCACACCAAAAUUAAUUGCAAAAGAAACAACAGAAAACUAUCAUGACGAUGAAAAGGAAACGAAAAUGUCAAGGGAAGAGGAUGAUAGUUUAGAGAUCAUAAAAGAAGGCAAUGUCAAUGACCUCUCACUGAAGUCCAUUGGAGAAGGUCCGAUACAGAUCUUCGAAGAUAAUAACAAGGAAGCAAAGAAGUCUACUGAAGAGAAUUUUGAGGAGCUGCAGACUGCCAAAACAGGUGAGAGCCUUGCACAUGAGAAAAUUCCCGAUGUUGAAAGCCCAGGAAAAAUUCCUGAUGCUUCACUGGUGAAACAAGAGGAAGGUCUUUGGCAAGAAGCCGAGCACCUGGCUUCAGCAGAAGCUUCAGCAAAGGAUGGAGACGAGGAAACAUUUUCUGUCCAAGGGGCUGAGGACAACAAUGACAAUAAUAGGCUAACUGAGGCUACAGAAAAUAGUGCAAAGGAAACACAACAAGGUGAGGAAGAUUCAGAGCAGGGACUGCAGAUAAAUGAAUCGGGGGAGAGCAUUGUAGUUGAAAGCCCAGAAAAUAUUCUCCAUACUUCAUUGGUGAAUCAAAAGGAAUGUCUGAAAGGAGAAGGUGAGGACCUGGAUUCAACUGAAGCUUCAGAAAGCAGAGAUGAGGAGACAUUUCUCAUCAAAGAGGCUGAAGACAACAGCAAAAAUAACAGGUCAGCUGAAACCACAGAAAGCAGUGUAAAGGUAAUACCUGAAGUUGAAGAAGAUUCAGAUCACGUUUUACAAAACAAUGAACCAGGAGAGACAAAUCAUGAAGUUGAAAGCCCUGGAGAAAUUCUUGAUACUGUGAAACCAGCGGAAGGUUUGCAGGGAGACAUUGACAACCAGGCUCCAGCAAAAGCUUCAACAGAGAAAAGAGAUGUGGACACAUCUUCUGUCGAAGCGCCUGAGGACAACACUGACAACAACAGGCUAGCUGAAGCUACAGAAAACAGUGCAAAGGCAACACCAGAAGGUGAAGAAAUUUCAGAACACGCUUUACAGAAAGAUGAACCAGGAGAGAGCAUUGCACGUGAGACAAAUCAUGGAGCUGAAAGCCCUGAAAACUGUCCUGAUCAUCCAUUGGUGAAACAAGAGGAAGGCCUCCAGGGAGAAUGUAAGAUGCCAGCUCCAACAGAAGCUGCAAUAGAGAAAAGAGAUGAGGACACAUCUUGCGUUGAAGUGGCUGGGGACAAUGAUAAUAUUGAUGGAGUAGCUGAGAGUAUAGAAAAGAGUACAAAGGUAACACCCGAAGGUGGAGAAGAUUCAGAGAAGGUACUGCAGAUAGAUGAACCAGGACAGAACAUUGUAGGUGUGACAAAUCACAAUGUUGACAGCCUUGAAAAUAAUCUUGAUAUUUCAUUGGUCAAACAAGAGGAAGGUAUACAGGGAGAAGAUGAUAACCUGGCUCCAACAAAAGCUUCAAUACAGAACACUGACGAGGACACAUUUCCUGUCAAAGUGGAUGAAGGCAAUGAUAACAAUAACAAACAAGUUGAGACUACAGAGAAUAGUGUAAAGGUCACACCAAAAGGUGAAGAAGAUUCAGAACAGCUCUUGCAGAAAGAUGAUCCACAAGAGAACCUUGUAGAAGGAAGAAAUCAUGAAGUUAAAAGCCUUGAAGAAGUCCUUGAUAAUUCAUUGGUAAACCAAAAGGAAGACCUCCAAGGAAAAGGCGAGAACUUAGCUCCGACAGAAGCUUCAAUAGAGAAUAAAGAUGAGGACUCAUCUCCUGCCAUAGUGGCUGAACACAAAGAUGACACUAAUGGGCAAGAUGAGGCCAGAGAAAACAGUGCAAAGGGAACACCAAAAGGUGAAGAAGAUUCAGAAGAUGUUUUGCAGAAAGAUGCAGUAGGAGAGGGCAUUGCAUGUGAGGCAGAUCAUGAACUUGAAAGCCCUGAAAAAACUCUUAAUACUCCACCGGUGAAACAAGAGGAAGGUCUGCAGGGAGAAGAUGAGAACCCGAUUCCAACAGAAGCUUCAAUAGAGAAAAGAGAUGAGGAAACAUCUUCAAUAAAAAUAGCUGAAGGCAAUGAUGAAAAUAACAGGCUUGCUGAGCCUGCAGAAAAUAGUGCUAAGGUAACAGCAAAAGGUGAAGAAGAUUUGGAACAGGUCUUCCAGAAAGAUGAACCAAGAGAGAAGAUUGAACAACUUCUAGAUGUAAUGCCUGAAGAAAUGGAGGCAGAAUCUUCAAGUGAAAAGACUACCUGCGUGAAAGAGGAGGGAAUCAUUCAGAACCUUGAAGAAACUUCAGAAACAGAAAAGAAAGAAGAAACAAAAGCUAUAGAUGAUAAAAAAGAAAAGGAAGCUGCAGUAGGAAAGGUGCUUAAUACUAAUGUCAGCGAAGGAACUGAACAACAUGUACUACAGGAAAUUGGAAGUGUGAAGGACCAGUCUCCAGAAUUCGUUGAGAAAGAAACAAAUAAAGAAAGCUCCAAAACAGAUCAGGUCCAAGGCACAAAUUUGGAGCUCAUAGAACAAAUUGAGGCAGUAGAUUUGAUAGAGGAAACAAAAUCAAGGACAUUGCAGGACUAUGCAGAGCCAAAUAAGGACUUCAGUGCUUUGACUAUAGCAAAUGUGCCUGAGGUGUCUGAGGAAGAGAUUAAAGAAGGAACCUUUAGGCAAGAAGAAAACAUUAUUAAUGACUCUUAUUCUGCAUCUGUAACGAUUGUGAGUGAUGAACCAGGCUUGAAAGAAGCGGAACCAGAAAACAAUGAGCAAGUCAAAAGUUUUGAUUACAAAGAAAUCUCCAAAGAUCAGGAAUCUAGGGGAUCAGAGACCAUAGCUUCAAGUACAAAUCCAGAAAAAUCGAACACAGAGAAACCAGCUAAUGAAGACCUCUCUUCAUCAGUCGGAGAAGUAUCAGAAAAAGAAAGCUUGAAGGAAGACGAAAGUGAAGCUACGAAGUUAAAAGAAGAGGUCAAAGGCACAAAUUUGGAGUUCAUUGAACAAAUUGAGGCAAUAGAUUUGACAGAGGAAACAAAAUCAGAGACCUUACAGGACAGUGCAGAGCCAAAUAAAGACUUUAGUGCUUUGACUAAAGCAAAUGUGCAUGAGAUGUCUAGGGAAGAGAUUAAAGAAGAAACCAUGAGGCAAGAAGAAAACAUUAUUAAUGACUCUUAUUCUGCAUCUAUAACGAUUGUGAGUGAAGAAGGCUUGAAAGAAGCCAAACCAGAAAACAAUGAGCAAGUCAAAAGCUUUGAUAAUAAAGAAAUCUCCGAAGAAGAUCAGGAAUCUAGGGAAUCAGAGACGGUAUCUUCAAGUACAAAUCUAGAAAAAUCGAACACAGAGAAACCAGCUAAUGAAGACCUCUCUUCAUCAGUUGGAGAAGUAUUAGCAAAAGAAAGCUUGAAGGAAGAUGAAAGUGAUGCUACGAAGUUAAAAGAAGAGGUCAAAGGCACAAAUUUGGAGUUCAUAGAACAAAUUGAGGCAAUAGAUUUGACAGAAGGAACAAAAUCAGGGACCUUACAAGACUGUGUAGAGCCAAAACUGGACUUUAGUGCUUUGACUAUAGCAAAUGUGUCUGAGGUGUCUGAGGAAGAGAUUAAAGAAGAAACCUUGAGACAAGAAGAAAACAUUAUUAAUGACUCUUAUUCUGCAUCUGUAACAGCUGUGAAUGACGAAGCAGGCUUGAAAGAAGUAGAACCAAAAAACAAUGAGCAAGUCAAAAGUUUUGAUAAUAAAGAAAUCUCCAAAGAUCAGGAAUCUAGGGGCUCAAAGACCGUAGCUUCAAGUACAAAUCCAGAAAAAUCGAACACAGAGAAACCAGCUAAUGAAGACCUCUCUUCAUCAGUUGGAGAAGUAUCAACAAAAGAAAGCUUGAAGGAAGAUGAAAGUGAAGCUAUGAAGUUAAAAGAAGAGGUCAAAGGCAAAAAUUUGGAGUUCACAGACCAAAUUGAGGCAAUAGAUUUGACAGAGGAAACAAAAUCAAAGACCUUACAAGACUGUGUAGAGCCAAAUAAAGACUUUAGUGCUUUGACUAUAGCAAAUGUGCAUGAGGUGUCUGAAGAAGAGAUUAAAGAAGAAACCUUGAGGCAAGAAAAAAAUGUUAUUAAUGACUCUUAUUCUGCAUCUGUAACGAUUGUGAGUGACGAAGCAGGCUUGAAAGAAGCGGAACCAGAAAACAAUGAGCAAGUUAAAAGUUUUGAUUACAAAGAAAUCUCCAAAGAUCAGGAAUCUAGGGGAUCAGAGACCAUAGCUUCAAGUACAAAUCCAGAAAAAUCGAACAUAGAGAAACCAGCUAAUGAAGACCUCUCUUCAUCAGUUGGAGAAGUAUCUGCAAAAGAAAGCUUGAAGGAAGACGAAAGUGAAGCUAUGAAGUUAAAAGAAGAGGUCCAAGGCACAAAUUUGGAGUUCAUAGAACAAAUUGAGGCAAUAGAUUUGACAGAGGAAACAAAAUCAGAGACCUUACAAGACUGUGCAGAGCCAAAUAAAGAUUUUAGUGCUUUGACUAAAGCAAAUGUGCGUGAGGUGUCUGAGGAAGAGAUUAAAGAAGAAACCUUAAGGCAAGAAGAAAACAUUAUUAAUGACUCUUAUUUUGCAUCUGCAACGGUUGUGAGUGAAGAAGAAGGCUUGAAAGAAGCCGAACCAGAAAAGAAUGAGCAAGUCAAAAGCUUUGAUAAUAAAGAAAUCUCCGAAGAAGAUCAGGAAUCUAGGGAAUCAGAGACAGUAUCUUCAAGUACAAAUCUAGAAAAAUCGAACACAGAGAAACCAGCUAAUGAAGACCUCUCUUCAUCAGUUGGAGAAGUAUCGGCAAAAGAAAGCUUGAAGGAAGAUGAAAGUGAUGCUACGAAGUUAAAAGAAGAGGUCAAAUGCACAAAUUUGGAGUUCAUAGAACAAAUUGAGGCAAUAGAUUUGACAGAAGAAACGAAAUCAGGGACCUUAGAAGACUGUGUAGAGCCAAAUAAGGACUUUUGUGCUUUGACUAUAGCAAAUGUGUCUGAGGUGUCUGAGGUGUCUGAGGAAGAGAUUAAAGAAGAAACCUUGAGACAAGAAGAAAACAUUAUUAACGACUCUUAUUCUCCAUCUAUAACGGUUGUAAAUGACGAAGCAGGCUUGAAGGAAGUCAAACCAGAAAACAAAGAGCAAGUCAAAAGUUUUGAUAAUAAAGAAAUCUCCAAAGAUCAGGAAUCUAGGGGCUCAAAGACCGUAGCUUCAAGUACAAAUCCAGAAAAAUCGAAUACAGAGAAACCAGCUAAUGAAGACCUCUCUUCAUCAGUUGGAGAAGUAUCAACAAAAGAAAGCUUGAAGGAAGAUGAAAGUGAAGCUAUGAAGUUAAAAGAAGAGGUCAAAGGCACAAAUUUGGAGUUCAUAGACCAAAUUGAGACAAUAGAUUUGACAGAGGAAACAAAAUCAGAGACCUUACAGGACUAUGCAGGGCCAAAUAAAGACUUUAGUGCUUUGACUAUAGGAAAUGUGCAUGAGGUGUCUGAAGAAGAGAUUAAAGAAGAAAACUUGAGGCAAGAAGAAAAUAUUAUUAGUGACUCUUAUUCUGCAUCUAUAACGGUUGCGAGUGAAGAAGAAGGCUUGAAAGAAGCCGAACCAGAAAACAAUGAGCAAGUCAAAAGCUUUGAUAAUAAAGAAAUCUCUGAAGAAGAUCAGGAAUCGAGGGAAUCAGAGACAAUAUCUUCAAGUACAAAUCCAAAACAGGCGAACACAGAGAAACCAGCUAAUGAAGACCUCUCUUCAUCAGUUGCAGAAGUAUCAGUAAAAGAAAGCUUAAAGGAAGAUGAAAGCGAUGCUAGGAAGUUAAAAGAAGAGGUCAAAGGCACAAAUUUAGAGUUCAUAGAACAAAUUGAGGCAAUAGAUUUGACAGAGGAAACAAAAUCAGGGACCUUACAGGACUGUGUAGAGCCAAAUAAAUACUUUAGUGCUUCAACUAUAGUAAAUGUGUCUGGGGUGUCUGACGAAGCAGGCUUGAAAGAAGCUGAACCAGAAAACAAUGAGCAAGUGAAAAGUUUUGAUAGUGAAGAAAUCUCCGAAGAAGAUCAGGAAUCUAGGGGAUCAAAGACCGUAGCUUCAAGUACAAAUCCAGAAAAAUCAAACACAGAGAAACCAGCUAAUGAAGACCUCUCUUCAUCAGUUGGAGAAGUAUCAACAAAAGAAAGGUUGAAGGAAGAUGAAAGUGAAGCUAUGAAGUUAAAAGAAGAGGUCAAAGGCCAAAAUUUGGAGUUCAUAGACCAAAUUGAGACAAUAGAUUUGACAGAGGAAACAAAAUCAGAGACCUUACAAGACUAUGCAGGGCCAAAUAAAGACUUUAGUGCUUUGACUAUAGGAAAUGUGCAUGAGGUGUCUGAAGAAGAGAUUAAAGAAGAAACCUUGAGGCAAGAAGAAAAUAUUAUUACUGACUCUUACUCUGCAUCUAUAACGGUUGCAAGUGAAGAAGAAGGCUUGAAAGAAACCGAACCAAAAAACAAUGAGCUAGUGAAAAGCUUUGAUAAUAAAGAAAUCUCUGAAGAAGAUCAGGAAUCCAGAGAAUCAGAGACAGUUUCUUCGAGUAUAAAUUCAGAAAAACAGAACACAGACAGACCAUCUAAUGAAGACCUCUCUUCAUCAUUUGGAGAAGUGUCAACAAAAGAAAGCUUAAAGGAAGACAGAAGUGAUACUACAAAUUUAAAAGAAGAGAUUAAAGGCACAAAUUUGGAGUUCAUAGAGCAAAUUGAGGCAAUAGAUUUGACAGAGGAAACAAAAUCAAGGGCCUUACAGGACUGUGUAGAGCCAAAUAAGGACUUCAGUGCUUUGAGUAUAGCAAAUGUGCCUAAGGUGUAUGAGGAAGAGAUUAAAGAAGAAACCUUGAGGCAAGAAGAAAACAUCAUUAAUGACUCUUGCCCUGUACCUGUAACAGUUGAGAGUGAAGAAGCGGACUUGAGAGAAGCCGAACCAGAAAACAUUGAGCAAGUCAAAAGCUCUGAUAAUCAAGAAAACUCCAAAGAAGAUCAGGAAUCUAGGGGAUCAAAGACGGUAGCUUCAAGUACAAAUCAAGAAAAACGGAACACAGAGAAACCAUCUAAUGGAGACAGAUCAUUUGGAGAAGUAUUAGCAAAAGAAAGCUUAAAGGAAGAUGGAAGUGAUACUACAAAGUUAAAAGAAGAGAUCAAAGGCACAAAUUUGGAGCUCAUAGAACAAAUUGAAGCAAUAGAUUUGGCAGAGGAAACAAAAUCAAGGACCUUACAGGACUGUGCAGAAACAAAUAAGGAGUUCAGUGCUUUGACUAUAGCAAAUGUGCCAGAGGUGUUUGAGGAAGAGAAUAAAGAAGAAACCUCAAAUCAAGAAGAAAACACAAUUAAUGACUCUUACUCUGCAUCUGUAACAGCUGUGAGUGAAGAAGUAGGCUUGAAAGAAGCCGAACCAGAAAACAAUGAGCAAGUCCAAAGCUCUGAUAAUAAAGAAGACUCCAAAGAUGAUCAGGAAUCUAGGGGAUCAGAGAUAGUAGCUUCAAGUACAAAUUCAGAAAAAUCGAACACAGAGAAACCAUUUAAUGAAGAUUGCUCUUCAUCAGUCAGAGAAGUAUCGGUAAAAGAAAGCUUAAAGGAAGAUGAAAGUGAUGCUACGAAGUUAAGAGAAGAGGUCAAAGGCACAAACUUAGAGUUCAUAGAACAAACUGAGGCAAUAGAUUUGACAGAGGAAACAAAAACAAGGACCUUACAAGACUGUGCAGAGCCAAAUAAGGACUUCAGUGCUUUGACUAUAGCAAAUGUGUCGGAGGUGUAUGAGGAAGAGAUUAAAGAAGAAAACAUUAUUAAUGACUCUUACUCUACAUUUGUAACAGUUGUGAGGGAAGAAACAAGCUUGAAAGAAGCCAAACCAGAAAACAAUGAGCAAGUGAAAAGCUCUGAUAAUAAAGAAAACUCCAAACAAGAUCAGGAAUCUAGGAGAUCAGAGAUAGUAGCUUCAAGUACAAAUCCAAAAAAAUCAAACACAGAGAAACCAGCUAAUGAUGACCUCUCUUCAUCAGUUGGAGAGCUAUCAGCAAAAGAAAGCUUAAAGGAAGAUGAAAGUGAUGCUACGAAGUUAAAAGAAGAGGUCAAAGGCACAAAUUUGGAGUUCAUAGAACAAAUUGAGGCAUUAGAUUUGACAAAGGAAACAAAAUCAGGGACCUUACAAGACUGUUUAGAAUCAAAUAAGGACUUCAAUGCUUUGACUAUAGCAAAAGUGCCUGAAGUGUCUGAGGAAGAGAUUAAAGAAGAAACCCUGAAGCAAGAAGAAAACAUUAAUGAUGACUUUGAAUCUGCAUCUGUGACAGUUGUGAGUGAAGAAGCAAGCUUGAAAGAAGCCGAACUAGAAAACAAUGAGCAAGUCAGAAGCUCUGAUAUUUCUUCUGAAGAGAAGGGUCUAGCAACAAUUGAAAUAGAAGGAACUAGCUUAGAGAGUGUGAAUAUUGAUGCGAAACCAAAGGAAUAUUCCAACUCAAAAGAGAAUAUGGACAAGGAUAUUUUAGCAUUGGUAGAUGAAGGUGGAGAAAAACUUGAGCAUCAAAUGGAGGUUAAAGUUCCUACCAGAGCAAUUGACAAUGAAAUAGAAAUGACCACUGGUGAGACACCCUUAGAUAGCAUCUCAAAAGAUGGCUCCCAAGAUUCUUAUAUAAUGUUAUUGAAAGACCAUCAGCCCAUGACAGCUGCAGCAAGCAAGAUAGUGGAAGAGACUCCAAUAAGAGAUGAAAUCACUCAUGAAAAUGUGAAAAGUCCUUCCAGUGUGCAGAAAACAGAUGAGAAGUCAACACAAAAGGAAGAUGAAUCCAUUAAAUCAAAAGAUCUCACUGAAUUGUUGUCUUCAGAUGAUGGGAAGGAGGGCGCUAUUGAAGAAGUUCAAAAGCACAAGGAUACAGAGUUACAUAUGGCCCCAAAGCUACACAAUGAAAAAAAUAGCUAUGAUAAAGAAGAUGAGGAUAUCUCAAAGAGCGGAGAAACUGGUGAAUUAGCAGAUCAAACUGAGGUAUGCAAAGUGGAGACUUUGAAAGAGGAAAAUCCAUCUCAUGAGGCGUCAAAGUCUGUAGCAGUUAGUACAUGUAAAGAUAAUGAAAAGGCUAUUCUGGAACAAGACGACUCUGUUCAGAACUUUGAAGGUAGCUUAACAGGUGUUGUAGUAGAGAAAGGAACAGCUGACUUGGAAGCAGGUGCUGGUAGCCAUGAAUGUGAGCCGACAAACUCCAAAGACAACAAACUAUUAGUAGAGAAGAAUCUUGAAUCAGCUGAUCUUGGUCAAAAGCUUGAUUUUGUCUCCGAAUCAGUGACCAAGGAUCAAAGUGAUGAAACAUUCCCUCAAACCAACAAGGAUCAAACUGAGGAGAACAGCAAUGAUGUUCAGGAUUGGAAUUCUGAAUUUGUUGAAAGGCAAAUUAUUGGACAAGUUCAACAUGAAACAGAGAGAAAAAUGGCAAUGCAGUCCAAAUUGGAGGCUGAAGAUCACAUUAAUGUAUCACAAUAUGCAAACGAGACCAUUACCAAUGUCAUUGCUACUGAAGAGGUGCAUGAGGGAGUUGAGAAAGUUGAUGGAAGUGAAAGCAUCAAAGAACAUGCCAUACAUGGAGAGAGUGACUUGAAGGAAAUUCAUACAGUAUCUGCUGGAGAUGAAAUACUUGAGAAGGUGAAAGACUCUGGCCCAGAAUCAACUGAGUAUCUUAUGGCAACAGACUUCAAUGAGCAGACAGCAACACCGAACACAGGUAUUGAAGAAGAUCCAACAAGGGAGGCAGAAGCACCUGGUACAAAAGCACCAGAAGAAGAAAAAAUACAAGAUGAAGGUAGUCUUAAGCCUGCAGAUGAAGAUACAGCAGAAAAUAUGAAAGGGGAGAUCAAAGUGAAAGUGGAUGAUUUUCAUGACAAGAAUGACAAUGCAACUGUGGUAGCAGCAGAGUCAAGCUCAAGGGAUGCUCAGAUAGAUGACAAACGUGUAAAGGACACUAGCUCAGAUGAGAGUUUAGAAACAAUCAAAACUGAGCCAUGUCCACAAGUUGAAGAAGUUGGCAGCAAGAAACCUGAGAAAACUUCCUCUAGCUUAGUGUCACAACUACCAAAUAUGGAUCACAAAAAUGUAGAGAAAGAGGGUGUAACUCUGAACGAACCAGAUGCAGAUGAAGUUGAGGAAACCAGAACAGUUUCCAGUGCAGUUUUCCAGUCCAAAUAUCACAGUGUUGAAGAAACUGAUAAAACUGGGCAAAGUUUAACAGUGGAAAAGCUGGAUGCAGAUGGAACUGAAGAAGCAAUCAAAGAAGCUUCUGGAACAGUGUCUGGAUCCAAAUAUCUAGGCAUUGAAGCAGUUACUCAAGAUGAAAUCACUGCUGAUCAGACUCUCCCUACUGGGAAGUUAGAAGAACAAUUUCAAACACCAUCUUCUGAAUUGCUUUCCUUGGAACAGGAGCAUGGACCUACAAUCAUAGUCAAGGAGACAAAAGCAAUAAAAACAAGGGAAGGGGAGAUGCUUGAUGAUAAGAAAAUCGACGAUUCGUCUGCCACAAAGACUACAGAAGAGAUGUGCCUGCAAAAGGAAGAGCAGCUCCAAACACUAUCUUCCACAUUGCUUUCCAGGGAACAGGGGCAUGGAACUACAACAGCAUUCGAGAAGACAGAAGGAGAAAGCACAAGGGAAGCAGAGACGCCAGAUGACAAGAAUAUCAACAAUUCUUCAGCAAUAAAGGCAACAGAAGAGACAUGCUUGGAGCAAGAGGAGCCCAGGGAACUCAAAGUCUCCGAAUUGGGGAUUGAAAUCAACAAAGACAUACAGAUGGACAGCUCAAAUAAAUUACACAAGGAAGAAUGCUGUACAUCAGAUGGAGCUACAAAAUUGGGGACUGAGGAAAACAAAGAGAGAAAAUACUCCCGCACUUUAUCAGAAAGUGAGAAAACUGGAGAACUAACAAGACCAAUUGAGGAACCCUCCAAUCUUAGCUUUGAGAUAAGUGAAAAAACUUUUGAACCUGUGUUGGAUGUUCACAGUCAUGAAGUACUCAUUAGCUCAGAAGAACAGGUGCAGGAUGAAGGUAUUGUGAAGCUUAUGGAUGUCUCCACCACAGUAGCUGAAGAAUCAUUCAAAGAUAUUAAAGAGGAAGUGGAUAAUAGUUGUGACAAAACUGAAAAUGAAACUGCAGAAUUGGUAACAGAAGAAUCAAGCUCGGGGGAAGCUCAGCUGCGAGACAUGUCAACAAAGGAUAUUAUCUCCCAUGAGAGAAGUCUAGAAACAAUUAUAAUGGAGUCCAGUCCACUGGCUGAAGAAGUUGCUAGCAUGAAGCUCGAAGAAACUUCCUCUAACUUGCCGUCUCAACUCCCAAAUAUGAUUAGCGAAAAUGCAAAGAAAGAAGGUGAAACUCUGGAAAGUCCAGAUGCACAUGAAGUUGAGGGAACCGAAACAACUUCUGAUGCAGUUUUCGAGUCCAAAUAUCAGAGUGUUAAAGAAACUAUUGAAACUGGGCAAAGCCUAAAAGUGGAGAAGCUGGAUGCAGCUGAUAUUGAAGAAAUCAAAGAAACUUCAGAGACAUUGUCUAAACCUAAAGCUCUCGGAGUUGAAGCAGUUAACAAAGAUGGAAUCAUUGCUGAUCAGACUCUCCCAACAGGGACAUUGGGUGAGCAACUUCAAACUCUAUCUUCUUCAGUUCUUUCCGGGGAACAGGAGCAUGAAACUACGACCACAGUUGAGAGGGCAGAACAAGAGAGCAUGAAGGAAGUUAGAACACUAAGUAAUGAAAGUAUCGAUGAUUCUUCUGCUGCAAAGACAACGGAAGGGACAUGCUUUAAAAAGAAAGAGCUCAGGGAGUUCGAAGUCCCCACACUGGGGCUUGAAAGUGGUAAAGCCAUACAGAGGGACAGCUCGAACGAAGUACAAAAGGAAGAAAACAGCACUCUGGAUCAAGCUUCAAAACUAGAGCCUCAAGGAAAAGAAGAGAUAAAAUAUGCUGAUUCUCCAUCGGAAAGUGAGGAAAUCAAAGAACUAACAAGACCAAUUGAGGAAGCCUUCGAUGAUUCUUCGGCUGCAAAGACAACGGAAGGGACAUUCUUUAAAAAGAAAGAGCUCAGGGAGUUCGAAGUCCCCACACUGGGGCUUGAAAGUGGUAAAGCCAUACAGAGGGACAGCUCGAACGAAGUACAAAAGGAAGAAAACAGCACUCUGGAUCAAGCUUCAAAACUAGAGCCUCAAGAAAAAGAAGAGAUAAAAUAUGCUGAUUCUCCAUCGGAAAGUGAGGAAAUCAAAGAACUAACAAGACCAAUUGAGGAAGCCUCCAAUCACAACUUUGAGAUAAGUGAAAAGGUUUCUGAUCAUGUGUCAGAAGUCCAGAGUCAUGAAGUACUCACCAAAUCAGAAGAUAUUAGUGAAAAACAUCUUGAGGCAGUAAUAACUGAUUUGAACACUGAAGAGAGUCAGUACAAGAAACCAGCAGAAGCAAAUCAAAUAUCAAAGAAUGAAGUUUCUAUUGAAGGGGUCCCAGAGGAAAAGGAAGUUUCCAAGGAUUCUAAAUCAGUUUCUCCUGGUGAAGAAACAACUAUAGAGAGCCAUCAAGGAGAUGAAUCACAGACAGAAGAAUAUCUAGUAGAGGAGACAAAUAAAACAUUUAAAGCCACAACAGACGUGAACCAGCAUGAAGUAUUCAAGUCGUCUGAAACAAUUGACAAGGGCAGUGCAAGUGAGAGCAUUGAAAAGAAGAUUCCAGCUGAAGAUAGAACUGUUGAGGAUGACAAUGCAGCAGAGAGCUAUCCAGAUGAAGCAAAGGGAAAGAAUGUAGAGGAGGCAGCAAUUAAACUGGAACUUGAACAUCAGAGUGGUGAAACAAACCUCAUGAAGGGGACAACAGACGUCAUAACUCCAAGAGAAAAGGAAGCGGGUGUAGAGAUAUCACAGAAAGAAGGCACCACAGGAUUUUCAGAAGUCAAUGAAAUCACUCGAAACAUUCAGCAGCUAGGGAUGACCUCUUAUGCAGCAUCUCAAACAAGGAUUUCAGAAGCAGAUCCCUGUGAGAGCACAGAGGCAAUAAUUUCAACAGGCCAUGAAGAUGUUCCACCAGUGCUACAGCACCCAAUCGAUGAAGCCUUGCAAAAAGUUGAGACAGAACAUACAAGACCUGGAAAAGCUACAGAAAUUGAUGCAGAAGGGAGAGGAGUUAAAUGUCAAGGAGAAAAAAGAAUGGUUGAUUCAGUUGAAAAAAUAACUGAGGAGUCUACAUCAGUGGAGUCGGCUAAGUUGCCAUUAUCCGACCUUAUGCAGAGAUCCAUGAAAGAAAGUUGGCAAGUGGCUAAAGACUCAACCAAGGAGAGAGACCCAAUGCUCAGCAAAGCAGAAAUGCAAAAUGAAGAAGCAGAAACCACUCAAUUUGGCGAAGCAAAAACAGACGAAGAGGAAGGAGAUGAACACAAAAGAACAGACCCAGACUCUGAUGCUCCAGUCAUGGUAGAAGCCUCUAAAGAUAUUGAUGUUAAGGUUGCACACAAGAAAUCUCAUAAUAUCCUAUCUAGUGUUGGGUCAAAGGUUAAGCAUUCAAUUUCCAAGGUGAGGAAGGCCAUUACCGGUAAGUCUUCUCAUCCAAAGACACUAUCACCAAAAUGAAACAAGGAUUCCGGCAGUUGAAAAAAGUUGAAUGCAGAGACAGUUAUGUACAAGGGCUUGUUCUUAGUUUGACGUUUUGAAAAUAUCACUGAGGUUUGAGUGUGGUGUGCAAUUGUUUUAUUUUUAAGUAAGAUGGGAGGAAAUUACAAGGAGGGACGGGGGGUCUUUGCCACUGUCAAGCCAAAUGGACAAGCGAGAAGGGGAGGAUAUGGGAAUGUAGCCAGAAAAGGAACUAAAAGCGGCCCAUUUUGUCACAUUGUGGGUGCAGAAGUUGGCACUUCUGUAAACUUUCCUAACCUUCCAAGAGGAUGGGACAGGGAUAGCGGAGAGAAUGUAAAAAAUGAUUAGCGAGUGUGGUGUGUAUUUGUGCAGCUUGAAUAAGUUCAGAUUCAUUAUUUGUACAGAGUGAAUCCAACAAUUACAUGAUAGUUGUAGGCUCAAAUCCAUAUUGUAAAAUAUAUUAUGCUCAGACAAAUAUCCAGAGACCAUUAUGUAAAUCAAUUUGGUUACUUGUAUGAAGAA